AUGCAAGCCGUCUGGACACAGCGCUCCUCCGUCACAAGGAGCGACGCGAACAUCGUCGCGAUCGUCUUCGACCUCCCAGAAAACACCGCCGGCAUUCCCAGAUUCCACCUGGAGCCCAUGAAGCUCACCAUCAGAUUCCACACCCGCGACUCCUCCUCCGCCGAGAAGGACCACCUGUACAAGAUCGAGUUCUGGGAGGAGGUCGACGUGGACAACUCGAAACGAAGCAACGACUCGAGCAAACGGGUCACGUUCAUCCUGCGCAAGAAGCAGCGGAAACUUCGCUACUGGCCUCGUCUGACCAAGGAAGAGAAGACUCCGUUCCCGAUCAAGAAGAAUAUCGAGCAUGUUAGUUUUCCCCUUUCUUUUCCUUCUUUUCCUGUGGGAGCAUAUAAUCUGUACUACAGGAUGGAAUCCACUUAA